AUGUCGAUCGGAGAUGGCAGGGAUGACAUUGUCAACGCGCUCAGGGCUCUAUGCUGCCAAGUCCUAGAUAUUCCGGUUGAAGACGUGGAUGUAAACUCGUCAUUCAUAGCUCUAGGAGGCGACUCAUUUAGGGGCGUUGUACUGUUCCAAAAAUGCCUCGAGAAGCAUAUCCAAGUCUCAUACCAGGCGGUAAUGAGCCGAUCCUUGACUGAAAACGCUGCUCUUGCCACUGAGGCUAGCGAAUCACUUGAUAAGGAUGCGGAUGCAAAAGCCUCCUUAGAAUGCGACAAGCACAAAAGAUUCAGACUGAUGCCGAAAGAGUACGACUUCAGUAAUAUCGAGAAUGUUCUCCAGAAACACCAUGGCUUGGGCCUCGAAUGCGUUGAAGACAUUUAUCCAUGCAGUCUGAUGCAAGAAAAUAUGUACAUCGGGCAGAGGAUGGGGGGAUCUUCGGUCUACCAGACCACGAGCGUCUAUCAGAUCCCGUCUUCUUCCACUCUUGAUCACAUACAAGACGCGUGGCAGCAAAUCGUCCAUCGGCACCAGACCCUCCGCACAAUCUACGUCGAGACUUCGGAUUCCAGCUCGGGGAGGCUCCUGGAUGCGGUUGUCCUGUUGAAGACGGCAGGUAGAGUGCUCGCCGGCACGAGCGAAGACAGAGACAUGAUCCUCGCCCCUCGCUGCAUCAAACCUUCCACACUCGGACGAGACACGUACCAUCAGCUCACAGUGUAUCCUGAUGCAGGAUCUGGAGUUGAUAAGAGACUACUCAAAGUUGAGCUCAACCAUAUCACGGUUGAUGCAGCGUCCAUGAUCGUCAUCAUCGACGAGCUUGGGCAAGCAUUACAAGGUUGUUUGUCUUUGAAGAGCCCGCCCACUGGAUAUGGCAAGUAUAUUGAAUAUUUGCAGCUAUGGACAGAUGAAGACCGAGCGCUGGAUUAUUGGAUCGAAUAUCUUGAUGCUGUCCAACCGUGUCAUUUUCCUGCCCUGAACGAUAACAAGGAGCACCCGGCAGGUUCUUCUGAGCUCAUCGAGGUGCCAGUCUCAACCAGCCUGACAUGUCUUCGCCAAUUUUGCCAAGACUCCAGAAUCACGGUGGCCACAGCUGUCCAGGCAGCAUGGGCUCAAGUGCUCCACAUUUACACGGGUGACCCCGAUGUGUGCUUUGGAUAUCUCUGUUCAGGAAGAAGCCUGCCAAUUCCUGGAGUCACCGGAAUCGUUGGGCCUAUGAUGAACCUCAUGGUUUGCCGCAUCAGGGAUGUCGGGAACAAAUUUCUCCAGGAACUGGUGGACACCAUCCGAGACGACUUCAGUAACGCCCUUCCUCAUCAAUCCUUUUCACUGCGAAAUGUCCAGCGCAUUUUGGGAAACAGCGAAUCCAAGCUGUUCAAUACCGUGGUCAAUACAUUCUACGGUCCUUCGAAGUUAGUCGAUGACAGCGACCAACUUAUUAAGCUGGUGUCAUCUCACAAUGCGUCGGACCUGGACAUCGUUGUCAAGGCCAUUUACACCGAUGUUGCCCUCAGGAUUCGACUGGCUUAUUCCUCCACGACACUUUCCCACACUAUGGCAAAGAAUAUUGCCCAUACUUUCGCCGCUAUUCUGGAUCGGAUGGUAACGGUGCGGGAUUCCUCGUCAUUCAGAGUUUCCGAAGUGACCACAGCCAGUCCCUACGACAUCCAAGAAAUGAGUCUCUGGAAUGCCCGAAGCCUCAAGGCCCCAGGUUUGCAACCUGUCUGUGUCCACGAAUUAAUCGAGCUGACGGCACGCAAGCAUCCCAGAUUGCCCGCGAUCCACGCCUGGGAUGGUCACAUGGACUAUGAACUUUUAGAUACGGCCUCCAGCGCUCUGGCCCAUCUGAUCAUCCAGCGAGGACUUGGUCCCGGGAAGUACAUUACUUUGUGCUUUGAGAAAUCAAAAUGGUACUCGGUUGCGUUGCUGGGGGUCAUGAAGAGCGGAAAUGCCUUUGUUCCGCUCGACAUGUCAAAUCCUAACCAACGACGGCGCAAGAUUUUGAAGCAGCUGGAGGUAGCAAACCAAGGAGAGAGUGUCGUUAUUUGCUCGCCCAAGUUGGCCAAGGAGUGUGCCCUGCUGGCUCAGCACACUAUUAUUCUGGAGCCGCAGUCCCUCGACCAGUCUCUAUCGAUCGGUUCGACUGACAAUGGCCUACCGGCAACGAAGCCCAGUGACCCAGCAUAUGUCAUUUUCACAUCGGGCAGCACCGGGGAGCCGAAAGGGGUCAUCGUCGAGCACGGGGCAUAUUCUCAUGCUGCUCGAACACACGGUUCCAAUCUGCACAUUGACCGCAAGACCCGAGUUCUCCAGUUUGCGUCGUACGGUUUCGACACCAGCAUGGAGGACCACCUUACGACGUUCGUCCUGGGAGGCUGUCUCUGUGUCCCCAGCGAGGAAGACCGACUGAGCGUGCCAGACCUGGCAGCAUUUGCGCUACGUUCAGAGGCAAAUUGGGCUCAUAUCACACCAUCGUUUGCCGAAAUGCUUACCCGGCGUGAAUUCACCACGUUGAAGACGAUGGUUCUCGGCGGUGAGCCCAUGACAUUUGGAAACAUACGCGAGUGGGCCAGGGCGGGCGAGUCCAGCCUAAUUCAAGUAUACGGGCCCAGCGAGUGCUGCGUCACCAGUACCGUCAACGCGGACAUCGCUGCUGAUAGCAUGCCCUCUGACAUUGGGACUGCCGGGAUGUGCUACAAGCUCUCCCCGGUUGGUGCCGUUGGGGAAUUGCUCAUUGAGGGCCCCAUCCUUGCAAGAGGCUAUGUCAACGAGCCCGAACUGACCUCUGCGGCGUUUGUUCGAGGCCUGGAGUGGGCACCCGACAGACGCAUGUAUCGGACAGGCGACCUGGUCAGAUACGACUCCAAAGGUCAUCUUCGUUUCGUGGGCCGGAGGGAUGGCCAAGUCAAAAUCCACGGACAGAGAAUCGAGCUGGGGGAGAUUGAGAGACAGCUGGUCCUAGACCCAUACGUCCAGCAUGCACUGAUGAUGGUACCAGAAUCAGGGCCCUGCACAAACAGGCUUGUGGCUGUGGUAUCACCAAAAUCACAGGAGGGAACUUCUCACGCCGACAGCACCGCGAAGGUGUCCGCCUCUCCAUCCUGUGAGCUCGAUUUGGUUGACGGUAGUUGGUGCGGUCUCAUAUCAAGCAUGAGAAAUUCUCUCGAAGAGAAAUUACCGGCUUACAUGGUGCCUGAGCUGUGGCUCGUCGUUAAGGAAAUACCGAAGAACUCAUCAGCCAAAUUGGAUAGGAAAAAGGUGAUCCAUUACCUGGAGCACCUGAAUUCUGAUAAGUACACUGCCUUUGUCAGCCGCAUGGAGGAGCAAAGCCUGGAACGACCAGGUAAUGCUACGGAGAUCAGAAUCAGAGACCUUUGGGCGGAGGUGCUGAACAUUCCUCCGGAUGAAAUCCAAUGGACUAGUUCAUUUUUUAGCCUUGGGGGUGACUCGAUCUCGGCCAUGACCGUUGCCAGCCUGGCCCUCCGACAAGGUCUCUCUUUCUCGGGAGCAGAUAUACUUCGGCAUCGAAAUAUCGAACGCCUAGCGAAGUCUCUUCCGCUGCCACUUUUAUUUCCCCCUCAAUCCAGCGGCGCAGCAAUCAAGAACGAACAACCUGUUGGGUUGGACGAAGAUCCUUUCCCACUCUCACCGAUACAGCGCUUGCAUUUCCGAGUCUCCAAUGGCCAGGGAGACCCUUUCGACCAACAAACGAUUGCCUUGAAAGUCCGCAGUCCAAUCGACGAAGAUGCUUUGGCUUCUGCAUUCCAAGCUGUGCUGGGCGCCCACCCCAUGCUCCGCGCACGAUUCUUCAAAACUGAAGACCAAUCGUCUUUCCAAGGUCACUGGUCUCAACGCAUUGCACCCAUAACAGAAGCUGCAGGAAGUCAUGUGGUCAGACUCAGAUUCCAUUCUUGGGCUCGUGACGACUAUAUCUUGGAGAGUAUCACGGAGGCGAAAUCCGCCAUCAACAUUGUCAAAGGGCCUUUGGUUGCUGCCGACCUUUUCCGGGGAAAAGACCGUGUGCUGCUGUCUGUGACAAUACACCACCUGGUCAUUGACACCGUAUCUUGGCGCAUAAUUGUACAGGAACUCGAAGAUCAUCUGCGAGGCGGGACAAAUAUUGCACCCGAACCUACGUCUUUCAGAGCAUGGUGCCUGGCGCAACAGCAGUUUGUUUCCCAGUUGGACUUGCCGUCCGUCAUAUCAUCACCAUUCUCAUUCUACGACCGGUCAUAUUGGGCAGUGGACCAAGAGAAGAAUACUUUCGAGGCGACCGAGGCCUACAAGGGAAAACUUGACGGAAGCCUAAUGAAGAAACUGCAAUCGCUCUGUGAGCCAAUGGGGUGCGAGCUGCUCGAUCUCCUUAGUAUCGGCAUCAUCUUCUCUUUCUCCGAGGUCUUUGGACGACCGCCCUCUCUAUUCCUGGAAGGUCACGGCCGCGAACAAUUCAAGCCUGGCCUAAAUGCAUCAUCCACGGUCGGCUGGUUUACCACUUUCUCACCAGUUCAACUGUCGCCCUCAGAAAUGGAGGAUGGUGACUUAAUUCGUGGUCUGACCAAGGUGAGAGGCUGGAGGAAGCUCAUGCCGCUCAAUGGCUUCUCCUACUUUGCAUCAGCCAUGCUAGGCGAUAAUGUAUGUGGCGAUAGUACUGGAUUUGUCGACCACCUGCCAAUGGAAGUCGUCUUGAACCAUCUUGGGACAUUCCACCAAGUCGAGAAGGCCGAGUCUCUCUUUCAACGAUGUGAUGGUGACUUACAAUCGACACUCUCGGCGCUCAGAAGUCGCCAGAGAAGCACGUCGCGCCGAUACUCCUUGAUAUCCGUGCUUUCCAUGAUGCAAGAAGAUGGUCUGGUGCUCGAAAUCGAGUGGAACAAGUACAUGUUGCACCAAGAGCAGAUCCGCGACUGGACAACUCGUCUCGAAGCUGUCUUUGACCGACUAUUCGAAGUUGGAAAUUCGCAGGUUCUUGGUCGAGACGGUCGGGUUCCAAAGAUCAUUGGGAUAGCCACAGGGAAUGGAUAUGAUGCGAUCGAGUCAACGUGCCAAAGACUGGGCGUAGAACUUGGCGACGUUGAAGCAGUUUAUCCCUGCUCCCCCAUACAAGACUCUCUGAUGCUGUCACAGUUACGACAGCCAAAUGGUGUUUACAGCCAACACUUUUUGUUCAGAGUUGCCCCGUCGGAUAAGCAGGUUUAUGAACUCAAUUCUAUGAAACUAGCAGAAGCCUGGAAAUCCGUGGUCGCCAAACAUUCCAUCCUCCGCACAGUAUUUGGGCAAGACGACUCCGGCUCAUUCUUGCAGCUUGUACUCCGGUCUACAGAUGCGGACGUUCAGUGUCUGCCGCUGGAAGACGAGAAAGCACUGUCUGAAGUGUGGGCAACUGGAUCGAAAACGGCAGGCAUCUCGCCUCUGAAUGGUAAAUCUUUGCACGGUCUCAAGAUCUACACGACCCAGUCAGGCUCAGUAUAUUGCAUGCUGAGCAAGAACCAUCUCAUCACUGAUGGCACGUCGUCGAGACUUCUUGUGGGCGAGUUUAUUGCGGCUUACGAGGGCCGGAUGGAGGCAGAAACCACUCCAUACGCAAAUUACAUUGACUUCGUCUGUCGACAAGAUCAUACCGCCACGACCCGGUAUUGGGAAAAUUAUCUCGAUGCAGUCACCCCAAGUAGGCUGACCUACCCUACCUCGAGCGACGGAAGUGAGCCUGAAAUCGAGGAACCAACUUUCGAGGUUGCGGAGGGUGUCAUCCCAGAAAGUAGGAAUCUCAAUCUGGCUUCACAGAAGAUGGAUCUCACCUCAGCUGUUGUGUUCAAAGCCGCCUGGGCAUGGGUACUGAGGACGUAUUUGAACUCCGACGACGUUGUGUUUGGCGUUCUCUCUUCUGGAAGAGACAUACCAGUUCCAGGGGCCCAAAGGAUUGUUGGUCCUAUGGCCAGUAUGCUCCCAAUGCGAGCCAGAAUACACCCAGAGUCUACUGCAAUUGAGCUGUGUAGAAGAAUUCAGGAGGACGACAUAGAGCACAUGUCUCGCCAAGCCAUCUCACUGGCCAAGAUCCUACACGCGAUCAAGCGGGGCGAUGAGCCGUUGUUCAACACAAUCCUCAACAUCCAGAAGUCUGGUGGAGUCUCUGCAUCAGGAGGUCCAACGAACUCACUGCACUUCGAACUUAUACAUGCAUGCGAUACGAGUGAGUACGACGUGGCGUUGGGCAUCACGGAGGAGAAUGGAGAAUUCAAGCUGUCGAUGGAAUACCCAACCUUGUUCAUGUCACGAUGCGAGGCAACGAACAUACUCCAGGUGUUCCAAAAAGCAGUACAACAGAUCAUUUCUGAGCCCAAUGGCAAUAUCGGCACUACUAGCAUCGCCACAAGCAGAGACAAGGAUCAGAUUCAAAAAUGGAAUGCACAGCCUUGGGACACCGAGAAUCGACUUGUUCAUGAACUCAUCACAGAGACAGUUGCAAAGCAACCAUCACGUCCUGCGAUUUGGUCGUGGGAUGGGGAGCUUACCUUCUCCGAACUGGACACCGAGUCAACCAGACUCGCAAAACAACUGCGAUUCCUGGGUUGCAGCAUGGGGUCUAUUGUCGUCCUAUGCUUUGAAAAGUCCAUUUGGGCGGUAGUCUCCAUGCUGGCUGUCGCCAAGGCGGGCGCCGCCUUUGUGCACGUCGAUCCCAAUGGUCCGGUGGAACGAAUCAAGAGUAUCAUUAAACAAACUGGAUCAGCCUUGGGUUUGUCUUCUGCGGCAAAUGCAGCCCGGAUCUCAGGGAUUCUCCCAACAACAUUGACUGUGGAUCAGUCAACAAUAGCCAGCUUCCUACCAACACCACAACAGGAGUGUGAUUUGCCCCUGGAGAUUGACCCAUCAAGUGUCCUCUACAUAAUUUUCACCAGCGGAAGUACCGGGAAUCCGAAGGGCGUAGUGAUACAGCACCGCUCGUUCUGCUCGGCCGCCAGGCACAACCGAACGUGGCUCCAGAUCGAAGAAGAUUCACGCGUCUUGCAGUUCACCAGCUACUGCUUCGACGCAUCUCUCGAGGAGAUAUUCACUGUUCUGAUUGCGGGUGGAUGCAUCUGCAUCCCCUCUGAGCAGGAUCGCCUUGCUAAUGUCCCGGGCUUCGUGAGACGCGCCCAAGUGAACUGGGCGGCGUUCACGCCUUCGUUCAUACGCACCAUGUCACCCAGCGACCUGCCCUCAGUCAAAUUCAUCACUGUUCAUGCAGAGCCGAUGAGUGGUAGCCUGGUGAAGCAGUGGGCAGGCACAGUCCGCAUGCGACCAUCUUACGGCCCAACUGAAUGCAGCGUCACGAGUACAGUUGGAGCGCCAUUCACCCCCGACUCCAAUGCUGGGAACAUUGGCUGGCCUGUUGGCUGCCGGGGCUGGAUAGUGGAUCCGAACUACCAUGAUGUCCUCCUUCCAAUUGGAGCCAUCGGCGAGCUUGUAAUAGAUGGGCCAAUUGUGGGGAAAGGAUAUCUUGGGGACCCAGAGAAGACUGCAGCCUCCUUUGUUGCACCGCCGUCAUGGAGCCUGGAUACUGAGCUCAAGCUGCCUGAUGCUGAUCCACAUCGCCGGCUAUACAAGACAGGUGACCUUGUUCGAUACACAUCUGACGGGAGUCUAGUCAUCCUGGGCCGCAAGGAUCACUCACAGGUCAAGGUGCGAGGACAGAGAGUCGAGAUCCAAGAGAUCCAGAAUCAUCUUGAAAAGUCCCCGCAGGUCUUGCACAGUAUGGUUAUCAUGCCCAGCUCGGGAAUACUUCGAGGUCGGCUCGUGGCUGCUUUAAGCCUCGAGUGCCUGGCUACAGAGAUCCUCCCUCCACCGGAGGAAAGCGGCAAGAGCAGGGUCCGACUUGUAUCGAAGAGGCUACUGAGCAACAAGCUGACCAAAGAGGUGACUCAAAGCCUGGAGAGCAUACAGGGUAUCCUAUCGAGUGCGCUGCCUGCCUAUAUGAUGCCAGAGGACUGGCUAGUUGUUGAGACGAUGCCUGUUCAGGUCUCUCACAAGCUUGACCGCCAGGCGACCCUGAACUGGGUUGAAAACAUUGACGAUGCAACGCUGCAGAUGGCGCGAGAAAUGCAAAGUGACACCAGCAGUCAAACGGCGUGCGGAAGUGCUACGGAACAGACGAUUAGGGAAAUAUGGGCACAGGUUCUCGAGCUGCCAAUUUCACGACUUUCUCUGGAUACGUCAUUUUUCAGGCUGGGAGGAGACUCUAUUUACGCCAUACAAGUGAUGCAGAGAUGCAAAGAACGCGGACUUGCUGUCACCACUCAAGACGUGCUGGCAAACCCGACUGUGGCACAACUGGCAGUAAUCGCUAGUCCUCCUGAAGGGAACGGCUCCGCGGCAGUGUCAUCAGUUGCUCCCGUGAAACAGAGCGGUCAAGGCCAGGAUGCUUUCAUGGUGGACGUCUCCCUGCUGCCCUUUCCACGGGACGACGUGCAGCAUAUCUGGCCCUGUUCCCCGUUCCAGGAGCGCAUGUACAAAGCGUUUCACGAUAAGCCAUACAAGCCCUAUGUCUUCGACACAUUUAUCGAGCUCAUGGACCCACCAGAUGAACCGAACAGGCUAGUCAAGACGUGGAACCAAGUAGUAGAACGGCACGGCAUUAUGCGGACUGCAUUCAUCUCUGCACCAAGCUUCGACAGGGUGCUUCAGGUGUUGUUGAAGAAACAUCCUACCGAUUCUGCUGUUGUUCCUGUAGCAUCAGAGCUGGAUGCACUCGGGCACUGCAGGCACCACCUUGACACAGUCCGUUCGCGCAUGUUCACUGACAGCUCACCACCGUUGUCGCUCAGAGUCUAUGUCAGCCCUCAGAAGCGAACUUUUGUGCACCUGAUCAUGAGCCACAUAUUGAUCGACCACGUCAGCUUUGCACACCUUCUUUUGGACUGGAAAUGUUUCUACCAGGGCAGAGAGCCCUCCCCGGCCUCUGUUCCAGACUUUGGCUGCUACAUUUCGCACCUCUUCGACAACAGAAAUAUAGACGCCAGCAAUGGCUUUUGGACGGACACGCUGCGGGGCGCUCAACCGUCCCUAUUUGUUCCAGCAAAGGAUGCGAGAAGUAUGGAAAAGACGCUCGUGCCUUGGGAGAUGGGAUCAGUCAGGUUUACUGUCGAGAUGACCCCAGAGCGCGAAGCCUUCUGCCAGAACGAAGGUAUCACCCUGCCAAACCUGCUGCAGUUCUCAUGGUCUUUACUACUUCAUCUACACACAGGGAACCUCGACGUCGUGUUUGGCCAUUUGGUUUCAGACCGUGACGUUGAUAUUCCCGAUGCCGAGGUUGUGGUAGGGCCCAUGCUUUCAACGAUUAUAGGCCGGGUCCAGUUCCAGCACUCUUCAAGUCUGCUGGACUCGCUACGCAAGCUACAAGAGCAUAAUAUUCGCGCACUGGGCCACAAGACCUAUGAUCUAGCCCAUGUCGAGGAACACAUUGGAGUUGGUGCCGAUGGACUUUUCGAUACUCUGGUGAAUAUUCGCAAGGUCAAAUAUCAGGGCGGCGAGGCCCAAGACCCCAAGGCUUUCCGGUCCAUAUCUAAGCGGGACCCUCACGAGCAACACGUUGUUCUGGCGUUCAAUGAGGGCCCAUCCCGGCUAGAUGCCGAGAUCACGUUCUACAAACAAGUGUUGGAUUCUCAAAAGGUGGCGAAGAUGGCCGAGGCUUACUGCCAAAUACUGGAUGGACUAUCGAGUGGGCAGCUGAAGACGCUCAAUGAUGUCCAGCAUCUCGCGCUAUAA